GUAAUCAGUGAUUCCGGUACAUCGGGUCGAUAUACUUCUCCCUCUCCAACCAUGUCAGCAACACCCAAAGAAUUUCUAGACUUUGUUGACAACAAUGCCGAUGCCUUCAUCAAAAGGCUUUCUGAGGCUGUUUCCAUCAAAUCUGUGAGCGGAGAUGCAGCCUAUCGUUCAGAAGUCUUCAAAAUGUCCGAUUGGAUCUCCCAGCAAUUCAAGGCUGUCGGCGUCGAAAUUCAGCAAGUAGAUCUUGGGAAGCACAUCAUGGACGGUCAGGAGUUGCAACUUCCCAAAGCUGUUCUAGGGCGAUUGGGAAACAAUCCGAACAAGAAGACGAUCUUGGUUUAUGGUCACUUCGACGUUCAACCGGCUAACCUAUCUGACGGAUGGAAUACCGAUCCCUUUGUCUUGACGGCGCAACCCAAUGGACAACUAGUCGGACGCGGCUCAUCCGAUGACAAAGGCCCAGUCCUUGGCUGGUUAAACACAUUACAGUAUCAUCACGACAAUAAGAAAGAACUUCCAGUCAACUUCCGAUGCUGCUUUGAAGGCAUGGAGGAGAAUGGAAGCGAAGGUCUAGAUGAGCUUGUGGAAAGGGAAUCUAAACCGGGUGGGUGGUUUGACGGGGUUGACUGCGUUUGCAUCUCCGACAACUAUUGGCUCAAUACCCGUACACCGGUUCUUACUUAUGGUCUUCGUGGACUGUCUUACUACAAACUCAAUAUCACCGGUCCUGCUAGGGAUUUACACUCUGGCGUCUUUGGACGCACCGUCCAUGAGCCUAUGACGGAUCUCAUCAAACUUAUGAGUACACUCGUCGACGUAAACGGAAAAAUACUCAUUCCGGGUGUAGACGAAAUGAUUACGACUGCCGACGUCGAAGAGCGAAAACUGUACGAGGCGCUUGACUAUAGUAUCGACGAUGUUGAGGCAUCCGCUGGUGCAAGUAUUGCUUUAUCAACAGAUAAAGUUGAAGUCCUGAUGGGUCGUAUGAGGAUGCCUAGCCUGUCCUUGCACGGCAUUGAAGGAGCUUUCUACGGCCCUGGCGCUAAGACUGUUAUCCCAGCCAAAGUUUCCGGAAAAUUCAGUAUCCGGUUGGUACCACCUCAAACACCAGAAAACGUUCUCCCCUUAGUAAAAGCUCACGUUGAGUCCGAAUUCGCCAAACUUGGAUCGAAGAACAAAUUUGAACUCGAGGAACUGCAUGGUGGUAAACCGUGGGUCACGGAUAUCAACCACUGGAACUUCCAGGCUGCAAGGACUGCUACAAAGGCUAUAUACAAUAAGGAUCCCGAUAUGACUCGCGAGGGAGGAUCUAUUCCAGUUACACUCACCUUUGCUGAGGCCCUUGGUGUAAAUGUACUGCUACUUCCCAUGGGCCGUGGUGACGAUGGUGCACACUCUACAAAUGAAAAACUUGAUCGGUCCAAUUUCAUUGAAGGAACCAAACUUCUUGGAACGUACUUGUACGAAGUUGGUGCUAUUGACACAAAGUGAGAUCCGAUGGAACAUGUACAAUGUAAUAUGUAUGUACGUAUUUGUUUUUGUAAUCUUGUACUACAUAGCAGUAUUGUUGAACUGGCAGAUUCCAAGCACAUAUUAUGCCC